AUGGAUGAAGCUCCACCAUUAUCGUCCACUUCCCGCCUGUCUUUGCUUUCCCAACUGGGACCUGUUGAACCGCAAGUACUCCCAGUAUCUGCCAACAACGAUCCUGAUACGCCUGGAAAACCAGACCUCACACCUGGUCUUUCCCAAAACGACAAGCUCAUGCGGAUGAAAGAUGCUAUGCUUGAUGCAACAGACAUACCUGUCAUUGCUCUGUGGCAAGAUCAAAGUAUAGCCGUACCCAACAAAGCAGUGGCCAGGAUGAUGCGCUUCGAUACAGAUCCAGUCUCUGAUGACGCAGGUGAUGUUCUUUCUCGCUACAUCGUUUUCACGGAGGAUUUUGAUCGAGAAUUGGAACAACACGAAUGGCCAAUUGUGAAGCUUUGUCGGACUCAGCAACCCUUUAGCAGGCUCAGGAUUGGAAUCAUAGACUCUCAAGCGAGGCAAAAAGUCUAUGAGACUGUCGGCCGAUGCGUUUACGACGAGAAGACUGGAGACUUCCAAGCUGCCGUCUGUGCAUUCAAGGAUGUGACUUGGUACACAGAGUUGCUUAAGGCACAGAGCGAACAAAAUGAACAGAACGAACAGCAAUUCCAACUAAUAUGUGAAACAUUACCUCAAAUGUCCAGGGGCUCGCCAUUGCGGGAUAAAUCUGGGAAGAUCAUAAAAUGGUUCGGAUCCUAUACAGACAUCAAUGACCUGGUCGAAGCCCGUCAGGAAGCAAAGAAAACCCGAGAACAAUUCCUCAACGUGAUCAAACAUUCAAGGGUCACCAUUUGGGCGAUCGACCGGGAUUGUACUAUCACAUUCCUUGAAGGCGAGCUCAUGUGGCAGGAUCAAAGCCCAGAAUUUAUGAAAGAAGCCAUUGGGAAAAACGUCGUCCAGUACUUCGGCGAACACAAAGAGAAGAAGGAUAGGGAUAUAUUUGCGGAUUUGAUUCGGUCAAUUUUGGACGGUAGAGUCAAGGAGUGGAGCGAUGAGCACCAGGUAGACGAUACGAAUCGAUGGUAUCGCACACAAUUUGCCCCGAUCCUAGGUAUGAAGAAGGGAGACAGCGGAGGAAGCGAUGAAAAAUACAUUGAUGGGCUGAUUGCAAUCAGCAUGGAUGUUACCGAACUCAAGGAAAGAGAUAACAAGCUACAGUCCCAGGGAACGGAGAAUAUCAGGUUGUCCACCGCUGAAAAUGCUGCCAAAGAGGCAAGCAAACUCAAGAGUCAGUUCUUGGCCAACAUGUCACACGAGAUCCGGACACCAAUAGCAGGGGUCAUCGGCAUGUCAGAGCUUCUCCUGGAUACAUAUCUUGACAAAGAGCAGCGAGAAUUUACUGAGAGCAUUCAACGAUCAGCGAAUGGUCUCUUGACCGUCAUCAACGACGUUUUGGAUCUCUCCAAAGUCGAGUCUGGGAGAUUGGACAUCGAAGACAUCCCCUUUUCUCUGUCAGUCGUGGUUCAAGACGUAUGCAAAAUGCUGUCUUUUGCCGCGGAGAGAAGAAACAUCCACUUCGAAAGCGAUGUUCAAGGAGAUAUUGAGCAGGAUCUGGUAGUGAUGGGAGAUCCAGGCCGUGUACGGCAGAUACUCACCAACCUACUGACCAAUAGCAUCAAGUUCACGUCGGAGGGUUACGUCAAGUUGACGGUCGAAAGUCAAAAGGAGACGAGUGACUUGAUUGAGAUUCUCUUUACUGUGGAGGACACGGGGAUUGGAAUUGAAAAGGAAGUGCAGCAACGGCUCUUCAAACCUUUCAGUCAAGCCGAUUCCAGCACGGCUCGGAAUUUUGGAGGGACCGGGCUCGGAUUGACCAUCAGCAAAAAUCUCGUCGAGUUGAUGCAUGGCGAUAUCAACUUGAAAUCGGAGUUUGGCUUAGGUACAACAACCACAUUCUGGAUACCAUUCAACAAGCCGCGAUCUUCAACGCUUGGCUCGCCCCUUCGGGAUGCAAGACCUGUGCCAGGGAGCUUUCGUUCGGAUACGUCAAUACCCGGAUGCCUUUCUGACGCGCAUAGUGUCGAUGGAGAUCUCCAGCAAAACGUGGCUCCACCAGAUCAUCUCAAUGGCAGGACUGGCACUGGCUUAGGACCGAUGCCUCCUGGAGAAGAUCCAAACGAGGAAUCAGUCCAGCGGGAGAUCGACCGUGGGCAUGUUCAUGUUUUGGUCGUCGAGGACAAUGCUAUCAACCAACAGAUCGCUCUCAAGACAGUCAGAAAAUUCGGAUUCUCCGUGAACGCGGUGUGGAAUGGCAAGGAAGCUCUCGAUUAUCUGCUAGAAGCUCCCAGCACGACUCACCCAAAACCGGAUAUUAUCCUCAUGGACUGCCAGAUGCCCGUCCUCGACGGCUAUCGAACCACCCAUCUCAUCCGUCAUCAUAGCCCUUACUCAGCGAUUGCUAGCAUACGGACCCUUCCCAUAGUAGCUAUGACGGCCUCCGCGAUUCAAGGCGACAAGGAAAAGUGCACCCAAGCAGGCAUGGAUGACUACCUUGCUAAGCCUGUCAGAGGCAAGACGCUGGAAGACAUGCUUCUCAAAUGGGCUGUCGAAGGCAAACGAAGAUCUCGCAUCCGAGAAGCGUUUCCAACCCCUCACAUCGACAACGAUAGCAUCUGUACUGCGUCCAGCUCUGCCUCUACCAGUGAGCUAAUCGAUCCUUAUGAGAGUAGCGAGCAUGAUCAAAAACUUGCGGUCUCGAAAGACCCCAAAGCAACAGAUCCUGGAAAGAGCAAAAUCAUGAUGCAGCGUCUGGCCCCCAACGAACAAGCCAUCAUCCUUCGCGAUCAAAAACUCAUGGUAGCCAGCAAUCCCAAGCCACGCCAGCUGAGCAUCUCCAUGCCUCCAACUACCUCAUCAAUGCGAAUCAAGCCCCCAACCCCUGCGCUUACUGUCGAAAAUAUGGCCCGCCUGAGUCGCGAAUUUGAGGUCAAUCCUUUCGAUCUCCUCUCCUUUGACACGGCCAAUGAUGAUGAAACAGACAGCGAAGGGUCGACUAGUCGGGUCAGCUCGCCGGAGGAAGACGUCAAUCGAUUUGAGCCACGGAGGGAGUUAGUGCGCAAAGCGAGUAGUGAAAUCACGCUAAAAGCUCGCAAGAAGACGCAAAACAGGUAG